AUGGCUUCAUCACUGCAAGUUUCAAUUCUGAUGUAUGCAACUUUCUAAAGGAACAGAAAAUGCAAAAAAAAAAAAAACUUCAAUCGGAGAUAAAGCUUUGAGCUGUGUUUAUUUAUACAAGUCCCUUAGCAGUAUUAUAUGCAUAUUUCCAGCCACACUUGGUUUUGGAUAGUUACUUAAUUGAUUAGGAAAUCAGACCCUUCCAUUGUUUUCUGGUUGCGAAAGCUGCCAUUCUUGCUUAGCCUUAGUCUUCACAAUGCAUACAUCUAACGGGAAAGCCAUAGCGCUGGGCGGGAACCCUGCUAAUAAUAACCCCCCUCCCCCCCUCUGCUGACCUGCUGCUGGAGACUCGAGUCCCCUCCUGUCCUCAGAUGGUGCUGCGUGGAGACCCGAGGCCGUGUUACUGUCUUGUUUCCUGCCCUUCAGAAACCGCCACCACACUAAGAAUAAUAUCUUACAGUACAUUGCCGGCGAGGCACGCCGGAGUCUUGGUUGUUAGUAGUUUCACUUCAGAUUAUUGUUAUUUUUUUUGAGAUGGGAUAGCCGUGUUGUUAAUGGACCGGACACAACCGGAGUGGAUUAUACACGCCACAGGGGUACCUGGAAUGGUUCGAGCAGGCAACAAUCGUCCACUGUUGGAUUGUGGACUGUAGUCGUAGUGCUGUUGCGCUCACUUCAUCCCUCCUGUAUCGGUGAGUGGAUUUCCUGUUUGGGCUAUUGUGUUUUGGAGCAGUGUUCACCAGUGUAUCAGCGAGGAAGGGGAGCGACCCCUUACCCUUAGUAACAGAAUGGUGUUAUCACAAGUGUUCGAUCGCAUCCUGUAAAUCUGUGGAGUAUUUUAUUUAACGUGGGUCUGCAGUGGCUGCAUUAAUGUUCAUGUCUGAUCAGAUCUGCCAGUAUUGCAACAGGUUGGUAAGUAAUUAAAUAUAAGAAGCUUACUUCAAUUGCAACUCUUUGCAAAGCUUUAUAGAAACUCCUAAGGACAGUGGCUGGCAAAGAAAAUUGAGGAAGAAAUAAUAUAUAUUAUAUCACAGUGGCUCACAAGGAGAAAGAGGAGGAAAACGUUUUUGUGAAGAUGGUGUUGAGUUACUGUUAUACUGCACAUGCUUGAACUGAGACAAAUUCAGAUCCAGUUCUAAUCAUUUGAAAAUCUGACUGAGAAUGAUUCCAGAAGGGAUGGAUCCAGAAGCCAUUUAGGAUGAAGAACAGAGUAUAGAGAGCUCAGAUGGAAUUCACCACUGAGAAGUACUUCAUCAGGAUAAUCCCUAUAUCCUCUACUGUAAGUAUGAUGUCAUGCAAAUAUCAGAAGGAUAAUGGACCUUAUAAGAACAUAUUUACCAUUACUCGGAGGUACUUUGCUGAUGCUGCAAAGUAAACUAAAAGUUUAUAAAAGAUUUUAUGGCAACUAACACUAAUGGAAUGGGUAACUACAGUGAUAACCAGUCACGCUACUGAAAAGUUUAUAAAAGAUUUGACAGCACCUAACACACCUGGAAUGGGAAACAACAGUGAUAACCAGAGUUGCUCUACUGAUGAUUCUUUCAAGUACUAUCUUUAUGGAGGUGUAUACACUGUGGUGUUUUUUCUUGGACUCAUCACAAAUUGUGCUUCCCUCUUUGUUUUUUGCUUCAGGAUGAAAAUGAGAAAUGAGACAACCAUCUUCAUGACAAAUCUUGCUGUUUCAGACUUGCUUUUUGUCUUCACAUUACCUUUUAAGAUAUUUUAUAACUUCAAAAGACAUUGGCCUUUUGGAGAUGGCCUUUGCAAGAUCUCAGGUACUGCAUUCUUGAUUAACAUUUAUGGAAGCAUGCUGUUUCUUACAUGCAUCAGUGUUGAUCGGUUUCUUGCAAUUGUGUAUCCCUUCCGCUCCCGAACAGUGAGGACGAGGAGAAAUUCAGCCAUUGUAUGUGCUGGUGUUUGGAUCCUUGUUCUGAGUGGCGGUAUCUCUGCAUCAUCUUUCUCUACCACAAAUGUGUCCGAGUCAAGCACCACUUGUUUUGAAGGCUUCUCUAAAAAUGUGUGGAAAAACUACUUGUCUAAAAUUACUAUAUUCAUUGAGGUGGUUGGAUUUUUAAUCCCUUUGCUUUUGAACCUUACUUGUUCCUCUCUGGUUCUGAGAACUCUCCGGAAGCCUGCUACUUUGUGUCAGAUAGGCACUAACAGAGAACGAGUACUAAAAAUGAUAGUUGUCCACGUUGCCAUUUUCAUUGUUUGCUUUGUACCGUAUAAUUCAACACUUUUCCUCUAUGCUCUUGUGCGGUCUCAAGCUAUAGCAAACUGUUAUGUGGAAAGGUUUGCUAAAACAAUGUAUCCAAUAACAUUGUGCAUUGCUACACUAAACUGUUGUUUUGAUCCCUUUGUUUACUACUUUACAUCAGAAUCCUUUCAAAAGUCCAUUAAUAUAAAGCCUCAUUUAAAAAUGGAUUCUGUUUUCAGAAGUGAGGCUCCAGUGGCCAUAAAGACUGAUACGCACACAUUGUCAGAAAAUCUUCAAGAACAAGGAAUCACUAACGGGGGUGAACUUAUGUCAGAAUCUCAGUUCUGAAGCCACAGAUGCCAUGUUUCAAACUGCAUGUACAGCUGCAUGACAACUGACUGCUAAAUUACAAGUCACCCAGUUAACUGUACCAUGGUUAUAUGAUAAACAUAAUGUCUGUCUUCAAGAGCUUUUCUCAACGACCUUUCUGUUUUGCAGAAAUACUUUUAACUGUGUACUACUGUCACACCUUUUCAACCCACAAAAUGGUGAACUGGUUCUGAAAUCUGACAUAUACAAAGAAUUAAAAAGUAGCCUUUCAGCAUUGCAUCUCAAGAGUUAAUUUCAUUGACUUAUUCAACAUGUUUUUCAUAUGUUUCUUACGUGUGUUAAUUUUAGCUGUUUUUACUGGUUUUAUUCAUACCAUUGUAGUUCACUGUAGCUUCAUGAAACUAAAUUGCUCUUAUUACAGGAUUUUGAUAAGAUUAAGAAACUACUGACAGUUGCAGUAUUUUCCUCUACAAAUUAUCACUUUUGUAAAGAAGACUACAAGCUUUGCAUGGAAAUAUCUGCUUUACAGUUUACAUAACUGUAACCACAGUUUCAUACUUCACCAUUGUUUUCCUAACGUGUCUGAUAAGAAUAAAAAUGAACUGGAACUACAAA